CGCACAGAGUACUGCUAUGGCUGUGGGGCCGGAAGCUUCAAGCAUGUGGACAGCAGUCACUGAUCAGGCACAUUUUUCGGAUGAAAACAAAUACACUUACAGUAGAUGAUAUCAAUGUAUGCCUAUUCAGCUUAACGUCUGAAAGAGAUUUAUAAUCGACAUGGAGAACUACAGCCAUGCCAGGACGGUGGAGCAGCCCUGCCUCUGCCCUUUCCCUGGCCUCCCCGCCGACACGCCGCAGGUGCGGGUCAAAGACGGCAGCAAAAUCCGCAACAUCAUGCGCUAUGCCUUCAGCCGUAUGGGGCCAAAGCCCAAGACAGCCUGCAAUGAAACAAGGCAACUUAAGACUGGUGAAGGAGGCGGUUCUUUAGGAGUCCAGGAGGAGGGAGUGAGCAGCGCACCUAUGCUGGAUAAACUUCCCUGCCGUCAAAUAGUCUUUACAGGGACAGGUAGAGGUGUUUCCAAGACAAUAACAUGUGUGGAAAUUCUGAAGCGACGGGUGACAGGACUUUACCAGCACACUAAGCUGAUGUACAUCACUGUGUUGGAGGUUUGGGAGCCCCUGGAGCCAGGGGCAGGCCUGGACAGUCUCACUGUCAGUCGAAACCUGCCUGCCAUCUGGGUUCUCCUUUCCAUGGACCCCUUGGAUGCCAGCCUUCCUGGGUACCAGGCCCCAGGGAACUACGAGGCUCUGUGGGCACAGGCUGCCAGGGAGGAAGGAGGGGUGGCUGGAGGACUGAGGCAUGGACAGAGGAGGAAGAGAGGAGGAGGAAGCGGACGAGGUAAAGGUGGACCUGUUCGACCGGCUGGUCGAUCAAGAGAGCCCAAUAAAGGCCAGACUUGAGCUGGUGUCAAAGAUGUUCUUUUUUCCGCUGUUCCAGUGGAGGAAGAUACUACUCAUUCGUCACAUGCUGUAGUUUCCUGGUGUCUGUAAUGAAAAGAAUUUACUUUCAUAUCUUGGAAAACUUGAUACUGUUUGAAAGCCAAGGAUAAAAAAUUCAAUUAUUUCAUUUUAAGUGAAUUCAUGUUGACUUUUGGUUUGUCUUUACUGCAAAUAGGAAAAUAAAUUUUGUCCCACAA